CAGUUUUUUGAUCCAAUCACAAGGGACACCAGCACCCCUACUCGGGUCUCAAGCUUUAUUCAUAUAAUCCAUCAUAAGAUAAUCAAAGAAAGGCGUGGAUAAUCGGAAUCCAAAGAUUUUGUUAAAUCUUCAAACUUUGAGAGAGAUUUAAAACUCUUUACUCGGCUAUAAAACUAUUUCCAUAUUCUCUUUCCAUACAAAUCAAUCCCACUAGAGAGAGAGAGAGAGAGAGAAUGAGUUCCAGAUCCAUGUUAGAGAAGCCUCAUGCAGUUUGUAUACCAUUCCCAGCUCAAGGCCACAUCAACCCCAUGCUAAAACUAGCCAAACUCCUCCAUAACAGAGACUUCCACAUAACCUUUGUUAACACAGAAUCCAACCACAACCGCAUCCUCAAAUCCCGAGGCCCCGACUCCCUCGACGGCCUCCCUUCCUUCCGCUUUGAGACCAUACCUGACGGCCUCCCGAAAUUGGACGCCAAUGCCUACCUGUUGGAAUCCACCAGCAAAGACUGGUUAGUUCCUUUUAUAGACCUUCUUUCCAAACUCAGUGACACUGCAACAUCGAACGUCCCACCGAUCACUUGCAUAGUCUCUGAUUCGAUCAUGUGCUUCACACUCGCAGCUGCUGAAGAACUAGGCAUCCCCUAUGUUUCUUUCUGGUCAGCCGGUGCUUGUGGCUUUAUGGGUUUCAUCCAAUACCGUAAUCUUGUCGAAAAAGGUUUCUUACCUAUCAAAGACUCAAGUUCUAUCACAAAUGAGUAUUUGGAUACGACUGUAGAUUGGAUACCUAGUAUGCAAGGUAUACGUUUGAAGGAUAUCCCAAACUUUAUUCAUUGCAUUAACCUUGGUGACUUUAUGAUUAAAUAUACAUCGGAGAUAACUGAGACAACUCUCAAAUCUUCCGCAAUCAUUAUUAAUACAUUUGAAGAAUUGGAGCACCAAGUUUUGUAUGCACUUUCAUCCAUGUUUCCUCCAAUUUACACCAUUGGACCUUUACACUUACUCCUAAAUCAGAUCGAGGAUGUUAGUUUGAAGUCAAUAGGAUCAAAUUUGUGGAAAGAAAUGCUUGAGUGCCUAGAAUGGCUCAACUCUAAAGAACCUCACUCUGUUGUUUAUGUGAAUUAUGGAAGCCUAACUAAAAUGACACCAAAUCAACUGGUUGAGUUUGCUUGGGGACUUGCUAAUAGCAACCAGACCUUUUUAUGGAUAGUAAGACCUGAUCUUGUCACCGGCGACUUGGCUGCUAUUCCACCAGAAUUUGUGACAGAAACUAAAGACAGAAGUCUACUUACAAGUUGGUGCCCACAAGAACAAGUUCUCUCACACCCAUCUAUCGGAGGGUUUUUAACUCACUCUGGGUGGAACUCCACUAUUGAAAGCAUUUCCAGCGGAGUACCAAUGAUAUGUUGGCCCAAUUUUUCCGAUCAACAAACCAACUGUUGGUAUAGCUGCACUCAAUGGGGGAUUGGGGUAGAGAUAAAUAAUGAUGUUAAGAGAGAUGAAGUUGAGAGGAUUGUAAGAGAGUUGAUGGUUGGAGACAAAGGUCAGGAGAUGAAAAAAAGAAGCAUGGAAUGGAAGAAGAUGGCUGAAGGGGCCAUUAUGAGGUCAUCCGCUUCAUCUUUCUCAAAUCUAGAGAAAAUGAUUAAGCAAGUUCUUCCCCCUUCCAGACAUUGGGGUAAUUAAAGUGACCAUUUUACAACGGUUGUUUUAGUCCUUAAAAUAUGUAUUUUUUUGUUUUUGGUUAUUUUAGUCCCUUAAGUUUUAAUUUUGUCAUUUUAAUCCUCAAAAGUUUUAAUUUGAAUCAAAUUGGUCCAAUUCCAAAUGGUUGUUUAAAUUGUAAACAAAAUACACACACGAUCUUGA